AUGUACUCACCUUCUCCCCCUGCUGUGACGGCUGGGGCGAACCCUUACGUAUACCUAAACCAUCAUCAGACUAUGCCGUCAGGACAAUUUGCAUCGCGCGCGCAGCCCUCCGCUGUAAGCGCUAUGGGUGUUGCUCCUUCAGCUACUGGAAAUAGCGCGGCACCAGCAUACGGUCAUAGCCCAGCUAUGGCACCAUUAGGAGCGACGCGCUUCGGAAGUGGUGCAAGUGUGGGUUGGAUGUCAAGGCAGCCUCAACAGCCGCAAACGCAGCAAGCAUCCCACUUUGUGCCGCAUUACGGAACGCCGCCCAUGUCGUCUUUGCCUCAUUCGAUGAAUCAUCAUAAUGUUCUCGCCAACAUUGCACCGUCAUCUCCAUCAUACACAAACCUGGGCUCACCUCACACCGCUGCCUUUGUGAGGUCGUCUGUAUCACCUGUUGCCCCGACGCAGCCAUCGACCACUAGUAAUUCUAGUUCGAAUAUUGCUAAUGCGUCACCAGAGUGGCUUCAACAAAUGAUGUGCGCUGAGAUAUCGCGCCAGUCUUUUGCUCCUCAUCACCACGCGCGCGCCGCGGCAUUGGCUGCGCGCAGUUCUGCCAAUCAUGGACAGGACCCCAAAAAGGGCAUUGUGCUUCCAGCAGGUGUGGUCGCUAAUGGGCUAUCAUUUCCAAUGAAAGGAUCGGAUAGCACUGCUCAGUCUGCUGAUAGCUCACUGAGUAUGUCCCCCACUAAAUCUUCGUCGAUGCGCACACAGGAGGCGGAUCCAAAAGACUCUGAUAAGUCAUGGUCUAUCAUGGACAUGGGAGGUCUGAAGUUGAAGAACAUUGGUGUUGACAUUUUCCGCUAUACCUUUUUAACAUCUUUGUUCAUUAACCACAACAACCUUACCACUUUGUCACCAGCUAUCCUGCAGCUUCGUAACUUGUCUGUGCUCGACGCAAGUGGGAAUCAGCUGGUAGCCAUCCCUCCAGAAAUUGGCAUGCUAACGUCUCUAAGUGCCUUAUUUUUGUUUGAUAACCAAUUGACGAUUCUUCCGCCUGAAAUUGGAACACUCUAUCAGCUCGAAAUGCUGGGUAUUGAGGGCAAUCCCCUUCAACCUAACCUCUACGAGAUUAUAAAGCAAGAGGGUACUCAAGCAUUAGUCGCAUACUUGCGUGAUUCUUGCCCUGUCCCGGUUCCACCACCGGAGCGAGAAUGGAUUUCUUUGGACAUGGACUUACCGCCUAUGAGUGCAGAAGAAGAUGAAGCUUACACCUUUGCCGUUCUUUCUUACAACAUUUUGUGUGAAAAGUAUGCCACGGCUCAAAUGUAUGGCUAUACACCAAGUUGGGCUUUAGCUUGGGAUUACCGGAAAGAAUGUAUUUUACAAGAGCUUGUCAGCUAUAAUGCAGAAUUUUUCUGUUUACAAGAGGUUGAAAUGGGUCAGUUUUACGACUAUUUCGAACCAAAGCUGAAUCAGCAUGGGUAUGAAGGUAUUUACUGGCCAAAGUCUCGCGCGCGAACUAUGCGAGAUGACGAACGACAGCAUGUUGAUGGGUGUGCGACUUUUUUCAAAACAGACACCUUCGAACUGGUGGAUAAGCAUCUCAUCGAGUUCAAUCAGAUUGCGCUGCAGCGUCCGGACUUCAAGAAAACACAGGACAUCUUUAACCGCGUGAUGACGAAGGAUAACGUCGCUUGCAUCGGCAUGUUAGAGCAUCGUAAAGCGGGUUACAAGAUUAUUGUCGCUAAUGCACACAUGCAUUGGAACCCUGAAUUUCGUGAUGUAAAGCUUGUGCAAGCUGCAAUGCUUAUGGAACAAUUAGAGAUGUUGGGUAACCAGUUUGCGAAGAGGCCUUCGCAGGUGAAGUGUCACGAAAACUUCAAGCCGCCGAAUUAUACAUCUGGUCAGCAGAUUCCUACCCUGGUGUGUGGUGAUUUUAAUUCUACACCCGAUAGUGGUGUGUAUGAAUUCUUGAACAAAGGCUCUGCACCCGGAAACCACGAAGAUUUCAUGGACCAUGUGUAUGGUACAUAUACGUCAGAGGGUCUGAAGCACAACUAUGCAUUGCGCAGUGCAUACAGUAACAUCGGGGAAAUGCCAUUCACAAAUCUGACUCCUGGAUUCCAAGGUAAUAUUGACUACAUCUGGUACACGUCCAAUACUUUGGCCGCUUCGUGUUUGUUAGGUGAAGUGGACUCCACUUAUUUGUCUCGGGUCGUUGGCUUUCCGAACGCACAUUUUCCCUCUGAUCAUGUAUGUAUUCUUGGGGAGUUCAAGGUCAAGCGUCUGGGAAUUGAGGCGACGUCGUAG